AUGUGGCUCUCAUAUUUAUGUCAUAUAAACCUGUUGUUGGGACUUAUUCAAGCAACCCAAUAUGAGGAUUCGUUCUCGGAUUUACUUGCAUAUCAAAAAAAGCUUGAGCUAUUAGAAGAACUGGAUAUAUACAAACAAACUUUAAAGACAGAUGAACAGAAUUUGAGAGCUACUAUUGAACGAAUUAGAGUAUUGAAAAAUGAAAUCAAUGAAAAACUUUCAGUGAAAUCGAAAUCGAUUAAUCAAUAUGUGGAAUGUACCGAAAAACGUUUGAAAUAUGAAAAUCGUGCUAAACAAAUACAUGAAUUAAUACUUACAAUGGAUUAUAUCGAAAGAAGAUAUCAUGUAUACCAUUCGAAGACAUCCUCAUUGAAGAGAUGUUAUCGGAAUCAGUCAGCGAUUUAUCGAAAGGAGUCGCCUAAAGGUCAACAGAAAAACUGCAAUUCAUAUACAGGACUUAAUCAACGAGGUUUUAUUGAUCUUCAAAUCUUAAUGAAAUUACAACGUUCCUACAUUGAUGAAUAUAAUAAAAAAUUUUUAGCACAUAACUUUAUGUUAGGAAUUAUCAAUGAAUUGAAAGUCCCAUCAGAAAUACCUAAACUACUUCCAUUUGAUGAAUACAUUGAAUAA